AUGGUCAAGGAAGAAUGGAGGAAUCUUGGUGCGGCACAGUUCACAGAUAAGCUGAAGGCUUUAACGGUUCCUUUGGGAAGAUGGCAUAAGGACAAUUUUGGCGACAUGGAUAAGAAAAUUCAGCGUCUUGAGGAGGAAAUCAGGAAGGUUGAUGAGCUGGCAGGAAAUGGAGUCUAUAAUGAUACAGUGGAGGCUAGAAGAAAAGCACUAGUGAGCUGUUGCAAGCAGUGGUAUGUCAGAAAAGAAAUCCACUGGAAGCAGAUGUCACGUUCCAGGCAUGCGAAGGAUAUGGAUAAGAACACUAGGUACUUCCAUAAUUUGGCGUCGGCAAGAAGGAGGAACAACAGACUUGAUGCUUUGGUAAUUCAUGGUAAGUUGGUUAGAAACCAAGCUCGGAUCAAAACUGCUAUCAGAGAUUUUUAUAAAGAUUUAUAUCACCAGGAGAGAUCACCGGUAGUAGGUUUUAGGGAUAGUUUGGUGAAUCGGAUUAAUGCUGAAGACUCGAUAGCUCUGGAGAGAUUACCGACAAUGGAGGAGAUUAAAGAAGCCGUCUGGGAUUGUGAGUCAUCCAAGGCUCCAGGGAGUGAUGGAUAUAACAUGAACUUCAUCAAGAAGUGCUGGAAUGAGAUUGGUGUAGAAUUCAUGACAGCUGUUUUGGAUUUCUUUCGGUCAUCACAGUUACCUUCUGAGUCCAAUAUUACCUGGGUGGCCUUAGCACCUAAGUUUACCUGA